UAAACACCAUAAAAAGCACUCCUUCUUCCAAAGGCAGGAAAGAGGUUUAGAGGUUCUCCUAGAGUUAGUAAGAUCCCGUACUCAGGGCUGCACCUGCCAAAUUGCUGCCCAGCUUUUCAAGAAUAAACAGUUGGAGGGAUAGUGCCCCCCCCCAUCGGCUGGAAAGCGGGCAGCAAAAUUUGAGAGGAAGAACCUGAUAUUGACAUGGUUUAUGACAGCUAGGAGUUCUCAACUGGGCAUCCAAGAAAAUACAAGCAAAAGUGGGAAGCCCACUUUGACUUCUAAGCUAAGGGAUACUAAAAGGGAUAAAAAGCACAUUGCGUGCAAGGAGGCAAUUUUUAGAUAGCAGUUAUUGGAUCAUGAAGAAAAGGGCAUUCGUUUUGCCUUUCCUCAUUUUGCUAAUAGUGUUGAUGUGCCAUUCAGAAGGGCUUACUGAAAGAGAUGGUCUCGGAACUGCAAAUGAGACCAUCAAGGCAACUAACCACAGUGGCGGCUUCCAGAUAGUCACUUUUGAUUGGCUCCAUGUGCAUGUACCUUUCCUUGUUACUUUCUGGGUCCUGGUGGCUUUCUCAGCUGGGAUUGUUUUCCACCUGUCCCAUAAAGUCACCAGUGUGGUUCCAGAAAGUGUCUUGCUCAUUGUGCUGGGCAUUAUCCUGGGAGGCAUUGUCUUCGCAGCAGAUCACAUUGCCUCCUUCACCCUUACGCCGGACGUCUUUUUCUUCUACUUGCUGCCACCCAUCGUCUUAGAUGCAGGAUACUUCAUGCCAAACCGACUCUUCUUUGGCAACCUGGGCACCAUCCUUAUCUAUGCCGUCGUCGGGACCAUCUGGAACACUGUCACCACAGGCCUUUCGCUCUACGGGGUCUUUCUCACAGGAAUAAUGGGUGACCUUAAAAGUGGUUGGUUGGAUUUCCUCUUGUUUGGUAGUCUAAUAGCUGCAGUGGAUCCUGUUGCUGUGUUGGCUGUAUUUGAAGAAGUUCACGUCAAUGAAGUCCUCUUCAUCAUUGUCUUUGGAGAGUCGUUACUUAAUGAUGCUGUAACUGUGGUGCUAUACAAUGUGUUUGAAUCAUUUGUUAAAAUAGGAACUGACAAUGUGGCUGCUACCGACUGGGUCUAUGGUGUAGUGUCUUUCUUCGUGGUGAGCAUCGGAGGAACUUUAGUCGGAGUUGUCUUUGCAUUCCUUCUCUCGCUUAUCACUCGUUUCACAAAGCACGUCAGAAUAAUUGAGCCCGGAUUCGUGUUUGUUGUCUCCUACCUGUCUUACUUGACGGCCGAGAUGCUGUCACUUUCUGCCAUCCUUGCUAUAACUUUCUGUGGUAUCUGCUGUCAGAAAUACGUCAAGGCAAAUAUUUCAGAGCAGUCUUCUACCACUGUGAAAUACACCAUGAAGAUGUUGGCGAGUGGUGCAGAGACUAUUAUUUUCAUGUUCCUGGGAAUUUCAGCUGUUGAUCCUAAGAUCUGGACUUGGAAUACAGCCUUCAUACUCUUGACGUUGGUCUUCAUCUCAGUCUACAGAGUAAUUGGUGUGAUUCUGCAGACUUGGGUUCUAAACCACUACCGAAUGGUCCAGCUGGGAAUAAUAGAUCAAGUGGUCAUGUCGUACGGUGGACUCCGUGGUGCCGUUGCCUUUGCUUUGGUUGUAACUCUGAACAAAGAUGAUGUUGGAGACAGAAACCUGUUUGUCAGCACAACAAUCAUUGUUGUGUUUUUUACCGUCAUAUUCCAGGGUUUGACAAUCAAGCCUUUGGUGCAGUGGUUGAAAGUGAAGAAAAGUGAGCAGCGAGAGCCCAAGCUGAACGAGAAGCUCCAUGGCAGGGCCUUUGACCACAUUCUUUCAGCCAUUGAAGAUAUAUCUGGUCAAAUAGGACAUAAUUACCUGAGAGACAAGUGGACUAAUAUUGACAGGCAAAUCCUCAGCAAAGUACUGAUGAGAAGAUCUGCUCAGAAAAGUAGAGACCGAAUUGUUAAAGUUUUCCGUGAGCUCAACUUGAAGGAUGCCAUUAGCUACGUGGCUGAGGGAGAGCGAAGAGGUUCUCUGGCAUUUAUCCGCUCAGCAAGUAUUGACAACACGGCCAAUGUGGACUUCAGCAUUAUUAAUCAAAUGAAUGGAGAGCCCUCUGUUUCCCAGUUGCUGAGAGAAACUGCCAGUUCUGUGUGUCUUGAUAUGCAAGCCCUGGAGCAGAGAAGAAAAAGCAUCCGAGAUGCAGAAGAUAUGUUCACCCACCAUACUCUACAACAGUAUCUGUACAAGCCCAGGCAAGAGCACAAGCAUGUGUACAGCCGCCAUGAAAUAUCUACCAACGAAGAGGAUAAGCAAAACAAAGAGAUUUUCCACAGGACCAUGAGGAGGCGCCUGGAGUCGUUCAAGACCACCAAACUAGGCAUGAGCCACCCUAAGAAGAACAAAAUUCACAAAAGAGACCGAGGCCAAAAAAGAAGAAAUAGCAAUGUCAUUCCAAAUGGAAAUCUCUCUUCGGAAGCCAUAAAGGAAAAAGAAAUUGAGUUUUCUGAACCAGAGGAGAAUGAUUAUGACAAUCUACAGACAGGGAAAGCAAUAGAAUUCCUUGCUAAUGUCACCAAGCAGAACUUCACAGAUACGAGUGGCAUUGAUAAUCCAGUAUUUUCAGCUGAUGUCGAACAAAACUCCACGGUGAGGUUUUCGCCUUGGCUCUCCGGGGAAGAGAUGGUGGUGCCUUCGCAACGGGCCAGAGUGCAGAUACCUUAUUCUCCAAACAACUUCCAGCGGAUCGCUCCCAUUCGACUCAGCAAUAGAUCUGUAGAUUCCUUUUUGCAAGUAGAUGGUCCUGAAGAGCGGUCUCAAAGUUUCCUCCCAGAAUCAACACACAUGUGACCCAACCCUUGCUGCUAUGAUGUCAGGACAUUCUUCAGAUGAAAUGCCCCCUCCUUGGGAAUACGAACAAACAAAAUCGGAUUUUGUUAUCGGAGAAACGCCUCCGCUUAAGGGCCCUGGCAACAAGACUACACACCUCUGGAAGGCAGGGACAUUUUAACCCUUGACUCUUUCUCGCCAGGAGUUACCUGGCCUCCACCGGCAAGCAGUCUUGAAUGCAAGUGACAAUCAAGCACAUUUUAAUACAAGUUACUAUACUGACACUAGGUACGAACCAGUGAAUUCACAUUCACGAGCAGGAAUCUGAUCUUGGGAACACUCGAAAGAAGAAAUGGCCGCUUAAUGCACAAGCUCACACAGGUCAGCAGCAGCAAGACGGGUUCAGAGUCGUCAUUUUUUCCACAGGCUGAAACCUGUGCAGCAUCCUAAACUUUAAAAGUUGGCAUCUUUUCACAUUCCCCACCCCACCCCGGGAGCAAGAAGAAACUCAGCUGUGAGUCUUGACCUGAGUGAGGGGAACACAUGAGAAAGAAUGUGAAUUAUAUAGACUCUAUGUAUGUAUAUUUUUUAAAAAAGAGAAUGUUUAAAUGCAGCCAGAUUUUGUAGAAAACUUUAUUUGAAAAACUGAACUCUGCGUUCAGCUGGCUAUGUUUCACAGUGAAGGAACUCAAGUUCAAACAUCAAGAUAAUAUACUGUACAGGUGGUGACCAUUUUGUGCGCAUCUGAUUGAUGUGCGACCGCCAACCCACACAUUGUUUUUGGCCCCGGAAGUGGGUGGAACAGGCUUACGUGUGGCCGCUGAGACAUGCAAUGACCCAGAAUGCAACCCCCCCCCACAACUUGUACUUCCUUUUUUUAAAAAAAGUAUUUAUUUUAGGGAUUUGCGAUAUGAAGAUUUUCAAAAUAGAAAUUGGAUCUGGCUGCAGGGCCGGUACCAGGCCAGGGUCAUGGAGGGUCAUCUAGUGCAGCCCCCUGCAAUGCACAAGGGCAUCCAUACUGGAACCCAGACUCAGAAGGUGUGAUCUCCAGUUUAGGGAUCCCAAGAUCAGUGGCCCAAAUUGGAAGCUGCCCACGCCCCGCUCUGUUGACCUGGCUCCUGGUGUCUAUACCAGGCCUGGCCAAUCCAGAGGCUUCAUUCUGACUACCGAUGGGCUGGUGUUACCCUGUGAGUUGCAAUGGGCUGUCAUGGCCCACGGUGGCGACACAGAGCAUCCAGACUGGCUGCUAAACUACAUCCCAGCAGCAGACCCCUGCAGUUCCUGGUUCAACCCCGGGAACCUUUAGCAGCUUUGCAUUUUCUUCCCAUGCCAUAUUUCCAAAAACACGCACCAAGGCUGCAAUCCUGUGCACACCUGCUUGGGAGUAAGUCCCAUUGAGCUCUGCUGGGCUUAUUUCUGAGCAGACAUGCACAGUAUUGCACUGUAAGGUGAUCCGCAGAAAUAUAUUCUGGGUGGAAUGGUGUAGUGCCUUUUUAUCAACUGCGAAAGAAAAAGGAAAUAUAUUUUCUUACUGUCAAAUAUUUUAACUAGUGAAUAGCUAAUUGAACUAUGGGGUUUUAAUUCUCUAUCUGUUUUCUACAAUCAAUAUCGCAGGGAAUUUAAUAAUGUUUUGCUUUAUAAACAGCCCCCUCCAAAGCUGAUGUAGAAUUUUAGUGCAGAGAAACCUGAGUAGUCUCAUCUUUUUUUUAAAAAAAAUAAGUUGAUCCACAUGAUAUAAAAUAGACACAAGUUACAGAGUGAAUUUUAAAAAUCUAUAAAAUUAUUAAUUUUUACACCAUUAGUUCCUCAAAUACUGUCAUCUUCCGUGUUUGACAGUUCUUUUUAAGUGCCAUGACCUCAGGUCAUUUAAGUUUCAUAUUACUGUAAAUUGAUAGUCUGGUUGUGUGUGUGUGUGGUGUGUGUGUGUGUG